AUGUGUUAUGUAGGUGAGGUUAACAAGCUUGACUCACACGGCUUCCGUAACUCACUGCGUCACUUCCGGUCCGUCGCUUUUGUGUUGUUAUGGCGGCGUUUUAAACUGACGGAAGUAUCGCUCCAAAAUAUAGAUACGAAGAUGAUGCUGCAGGAAGGAGGGCAGACGAGCUUUCGGGAACCGGGCCGCUGGGGCACUUCGGGCUCUGUCCAGACUCGGAAUGGUUUUCCCCUUCAGACGCAGCUGCUCUUUAACAGAUCUAUCCCAGCCUGCGCCUUCAACCGUGUCACACAGGCGGGCCCUCCACCGCCCAUCGUGAUCGAGAAGCUGGCUCCGCCAAAGCAGAAUGUGGAGGAAAUCGCUGGUGGAUCCCUGCGCUUCUCUGUGCUCUCUGAGGAGAGGCUGUUGGCGGCUGUCAGGCUGGCAAAGAGGGACCUGCGGCGUUUGCGUAGGGAGCCCACGAACUGCGCCUCCCUGUGGCGGCAGCCGGAGCAGCAGGCCGAGGGUUGCCAAGGCCCUAAGCACCAGCAGUGCCACCUGCAGGAUGGGGCUGCCUCUACGGGGAAGGAAAAAGCAACCAUCUUGAAGGAGAAGGUGACACAGUCUGGAGCUCGGGUGCUGGUGUACACCCCCCAGAAAACCCCGCUGUCUCCUGGCCAGUCUCCACCAACGCGUGACCCCGGCCCACAGUCCAGAGAACCUCAGCUCAGCCGGGAGAUCCGGAGACUGCAGAAGGAGCUGAGCACCUACAUACAGAGGAUCGAGCAGCUGUUUGACAGAGGUGGACCGGCAAAGGAGGACGUGGAGCCAGAAGAUGCACGACGGGCGGAAACCCGCAGGCAGGAGCAAGCUGUGAGAUCAGCUCGCAUCAUCUACGUGCUAAAGCAGCAGGUAAAGGAGAUCCAGGAAGAUCUGGAAAAGCUUUGUUCACAGAAGAUAAAGCAUUCAAAAAAAUCAAGAGCAAUGGAUCGCCUGGCAGCCGCUCACAGAGGGGCGGUACGAGCCAUACAGGCCUUUGUCACUCAGCUGUCAGACCAAUCGGAGAGCGGGAUGCCCUCCCAUUACAAGGAGCUGGGCCAGCUGAUUCGCCAGCUGUCCCUGUGCUCUGCCAAGAUGGAGGCAAGGCGGGGCUCAGCCGUCCCUGACACCGCCAUUGACAUUCUGCAGAGGCUUGAGGCUCUGGACUCGGCGCUCAGCAGGCAGGAGAAGCUGGUGAGAAACAGCAGCUGCCCUGGUGGACAGAAGGCACCCAACACCUCACGGCAUAGCGGCUCACCUCCCCGGAGGCCCCCCCAGCCCAAUGUCGCGAGGAAGGUCCGGCGAGACAGGAAGGCUGCUGCCUCUCGACUCCAAAAUUGCGAGCCCCCCAACCCAGUCCGUCAGCAGGUGCUCAGGGCAGGGCUGGAGAGGCUGAUACGUGCAGGGAGGCUUGGGGAGCAGCAGGCAGGGCAGGGGGAGGAGCCUCGGGGCCCCCCCCGCCCCCAGGGGGUCCUCCUGCCCGAAAGGAGCCAGAGCGGCCCGCCCCGCACCGGCGGGUUUCAGCAACCCACCGUGUCGUCCCGCCUGAAGGCGAGCCAGCCUCCCCAGAGAGGUGGCACCAUCCCCUGGGUUCCCACGUCCCCCCACGCCUCGCCCCCCCGCAGGACUGUGAGGAAUUCCCUGGAGCCUCGCUGCCUCUUCUCUGCGUCGCCACCUGCCUCGAGCCCCGUGGGCCAGGGCGUUAUCCUGGAGGAGGGGGCCACACGGCGGGAGCCCGGCCUGGGCCCCAAUGAGAUGCGGCAGGUCCAUGCUGAAGCCCUCAGGCAGGCCUGGCUGGACAGGGAGACGACGCGGAGACUGCGGGAGCUGCAGCGGCUGAGCGCAGAGGAGGCCGAGCUCAAGCGCAGAGUGGAGGUGCUGUCUCCCGCUCGUCGGGCUGAGACCGCUGAGCUCAAGCCGACAUGCAGACCCCAGCCACCCAGUGGAGCUACAGUGAAGGAUGGUGGUUCAGGGGGCAGUCAGGAAGCCUCCCUACGGCAGCUGCUGUCUGAACGGGCCGCGGGCCAGGUAGCAGGGAGUGCUGACCUGCUGAGCGACGCCAUACUGGAUGAUCUGCUGGAGGACACGGCGCAGGCCCUGUGGGCUGUCGAGCUGGGGAGGGAAGCGGAGGACCGGCUGCAGGCCCCCACUCUGGAGAGCAUGCUGAUCAGGAUGGAGGAGAUGGAGAGAGAUGAGGAAGCGGUUCGCCGUCGUUUCACACACGUCUCCUACUAUGACUCCCGGCUCUGGGAGAUGGAGCAGGACGCAGGUGAGCAGGCACCUCCUAGGGUGGCUUCUGGCUCAAGGCUUAAGUCUCCUCAGCCCAUCCGGCUCACCAAGGCAGCCCUGAAACAGCAGCCCACAGCAGACAUCCUCCUGGGGAGACCUGUGGAGGCCAGCCCCCUGCCAGAGACCUCUGUCACAGAUGACCCCCCAGCUGAAAUGUGGCCCCCCCGCACUGGGGCCGGCACGGUGCUCUUCCUUCCGCCUGCCGCCCAGAGGAGCCUGCUCGGGUACUGGGAGCGGCACCAAGCGUACCUGCGGUUGGUGUCGCACGAGGCCGUGGGCAGCUUUGACCCCUGGGCCCUCGCUGACAGCCUGGCAGACGAGCUGCUGGACGAGGCCCUGGCAGAAGUGGCAGGGGAGUUCCAGGAUGCCUGUGAGGAAUACGCCGAGGCCGUGUUCACCUCCGAGUUCCAGCAGCAUGGCUGAGCUUCAGGGCAAGCUGAGAGGGGGCGGGGCCCGUGUUGGGGGCCCGUGUUGGGGCCAGCUCCUGAUCCUCGGUGCAGUGUGUCUUUCAGAACGUAUGGUGUCAGUAUUGGGGUAUAAAGCAGCCAGCAUCCAAACAAUGUGUUUUUAUUUGCUCUGCGUUUUUAAUAUGUUUAUUAUGCAUCAUAUUUAUUAUAUGCAAAAGAUCGCUGCAUAAUUGUUGAAUAAAUUUAGUAUCUUUCAUGA